CUCGGCGUGGGGGAACUCGCCCCGGAGACUUCUGUGAUUGAAGGGAUUUGGCAGGAAGCGCUCCCCGGCCUGGCACAGGCUGUGCGGUUUCUCGUUUGUGCUCACUUGUUCCUGUUUUUUACUUUUUCAUUAUUUUUAACCUUACUUUGCUCGGGAAUAAGGGAAACUUUUAAUCUCCGGAAACAUGUCGACGGGAGAAAGUUUUGAGUCUCGGUUUGAGAAAAUCGACGUGACUUUAAAGGACCCCAAAUCCGAAGUGAACGUGGACUGCUUGCUGGAUGGAUUAGAUGCUCUGGUAUAUGACUUGGAUUUUCCUGCCUUAAGAAAAAACAAAAACAUUGAUAACUUCUUAAACAGGUAUAAAGACACAGUGAAUAAGAUGAGAGACCUGCGCAUGAAAGCUGAAGAUUAUGAGGUGGUGAAGGUGAUUGGCAGAGGAGCAUUUGGGGAGGUGCAGCUGGUGAGGCACAAGUCCUCCAGGAGAGUGUAUGCUAUGAAGCUCCUGAGCAAGUUUGAGAUGAUCAAAAGAUCAGAUUCUGCAUUCUUCUGGGAGGAAAGGGAUAUCAUGGCCUUUGCUAACAGUCCCUGGGUUGUUCAGCUGUUUUAUGCCUUCCAAGACGACCGUUACCUCUACAUGGUGAUGGAGUACAUGCCGGGGGGGGACCUGGUGAACCUGAUGAGCAACUAUGACGUCCCGGAGAAGUGGGCAAGGUUUUACACUGCUGAAGUUGUGCUUGCAUUGGAUGCAAUUCACUCCAUGGGGUUUAUACACAGAGAUGUGAAGCCUGAUAACAUGCUGCUGGAUAAAGCUGGUCAUUUAAAACUAGCAGAUUUUGGUACUUGUAUGAAGAUGAACAAGGAGGGCAUGGUACGAUGUGACACAGCGGUGGGCACACCAGACUACAUCUCUCCUGAGGUGCUGAAGUCCCAGGGCGGUGAUGGUUACUACGGGCGAGAGUGUGACUGGUGGUCAGUUGGAGUCUUCCUGUAUGAGAUGCUUGUAGGUGAUACACCUUUCUAUGCAGAUUCUUUGGUUGGCACCUACAGUAAGAUCAUGAACCAUAAGAACUCCCUGACUUUCCCUGACGACAACGACAUUUCCAAAGAGGCAAAAAACCUCAUUUGUGCCUUUUUGACUGAUAGGGAAGUGAGGCUGGGCCGCAACGGUGUGGAAGAGAUCAAGCGGCAUCUGUUCUUCAAAAACGACCAGUGGGCUUGGGAGACCCUCAGAGACACUGUAGCACCAGUUGUGCCUGACUUGAGCAGUGACAUUGACACUAGUAACUUUGAUGAUCUGGAAGAAGACAAAGGAGAGGAAGAAACCUUUCCCAUACCCAAAGCAUUCGUGGGCAACCAGCUUCCUUUUGUUGGCUUUACCUACUACAGCAACCGUCGGUAUUUAGGUGUCUCUGCAGAGAACUCCAACGACAACAGGACAGGCUGCGGUGUGGAGAAGAGUGUGCUGGAAAAUAUGCAGAAGAUGAUCUAUGAGUUGGAAGAACAACUACAUAAUGAAAUGCAGUUGAAAGAUGAGAUGGAGCAGAAGUGCAGAUCUUCAAACAUCAAGCUAGACAAGAUAAUGAAAGAACUGGAUGAAGAGGGAAAUCAGAGAAAGAACUUGGAGUCAACAGUGUCUCAGAUUGAGAAGGAGAAGAUGGUGCUGCAGCACAAGAUAAACGAGUACCAAAGGAAGAUAGAGCAAGAGAGCGAGAAGAGACGGAACGUGGAAAACGAAGUGUCCACACUAAAAGAUCAGAUGGAAGACCUGAAAAAAAUCAGUCAGCAUUCACAGAUCACAAAUGAGAAGAUAGCACAGCUACAAAAACAACUUGAAGAAGCAAACGAUUUGCUGAGGACAGAAUCGGAUACUGCAGCAAGGCUGAGAAAGGGUAACACAGAAAUGAGCAAGUCAUUGAGCCAGAUAGAAUCACUCAACAGAGAACUGCAGGAAAGGUGCAGAGUUCUAGAAAGCACAAAGCUGCAGGUGGAGAAAGAUUAUUACCAACUGCAAGCAGCUUUGGAGUCAGAACGAAGGGACAGAAGCCAUGGAUCUGAAAUGAUUGGAGAGCUGCAGGUGAGGAUCACCACUUUGCAAGAAGAAGUGAAAAACAUUAAAAACAACCUGGAGAGGGUGGAAGCAGAAAGAAAACAAGCACAGGAUUUGCUGAAUCACUCAGAAAAGGAAAAGAAUAAUUUAGAGAUAGAUCUGAACUACAAACUCAAAUCGUUACAAGACCGCUUAGAGCAGGAAGUGAACGAGCACAAAGUGACCAAAGCUCGGUUAACAGACAAACAUCAGUCCCUGGAGGAGGCCAGAUCAGUGGCAAUGUGUGAAAUGGAAAAAAAAGUAAAGGAAGAAAGGGCAGCAAGAGAAAAGGCAGAGAAUCAAAUAGUUCAAGCUGAAAAGCAGUGUUCCAUGCUGGACUUUGACCUGAAGCAAUCCCAGCAGAAACUGGAGCACCUUCUGGAGCAAAAGGAGAGACUGGAAGAUGAAGUGAGGAACCUGACCCUGCAGCUGGAGCAGGAGACCAGCAAGCGGAUCCUGGCGCAGAGCGAACUGAAGGCACAGGCUUUUGAGGCAGAUAACCUGAAGGGCUCUGAGAAGCAGCUGAAACAGGAAAUCAACACACUGCUGGAAGCAAAGAGAUUGCUGGAGUUUGAGUUGGCUCAGCUUGCUAAACAAUACAGAGGAAAUGAAGGUCAGAUGCGUGAGCUCCAGGACCAGCUGGAAGCUGAGCAGUAUUUCUCGACACUUUACAAGACUCAGGUUAAGGAACUGAAAGAGGAAAUUGAUGAAAAGAAUAAAGAAAUGCAAAGAAAAAUGCAGGACCUGCAAAAUGAAAAGGAAACGCUGACGACCCAGCUGGAUUUAGCGGAAACCAAAGCUGAGUCUGAGCGGCUGGCACGAGCCCUUCUCGAGGAGCAGUACUUUGAACUGAGCCAGGAGAGCAAAAAGGCAGCAUCAAGACACAGACAAGAAAUGACUGAUAAGGACAGCAUCAUCAGAAGGCUGGAAGAAACUAACAGCACAUUAACCAAAGAUGUUGAUUUAAUAACAAAGGAAAACUCAGAGAUCAGUGAAAAAAUCAAGAAGCAGGAGGAGGAAUACAAAAUGAAAAAGGAGGAGGAAAUCAAUAACAUUAGGAUGCAUUAUGAGAAGAGCAUUAACACUGAAAGGACUCUGAAGACCCAGGCUGUCAACAAACUGGCUGAGAUAAUGAAUCGGAAGGACUUCAAAAUAGAUAGGAAGAAAGCUAACAUGCAAGACCUGAGGAAGAAAGAGAAAGAAAACAGAAAGCUCCAAUUGGAGCUUAAUCAAGAAAAAGAGAAAUUCAAUCAGAUGGUUGUGAAGUACCAGAAGGAGCUCAAUGAAAUGCAAGCGCAACUGGCAGAGGAGUCAACAUACAGGAACGAGCUCCAGAUGCAGCUGGACAGCAAAGAGAGCGACAUAGAGCAGCUGCGAAGGAAGAUCUUGGACCUGCAGCAAGGGAUGGACUCGAGCAGCGUGGCCAGCCUGCAGGCCGACGAGACCGACGGCAGCCUGCCAGAAUCCAGGCUGGAAGGCUGGCUGUCAGUUCCCAACAAAGGCAACAUAAAGCGGCACGGCUGGAAGAAGCAGUAUGUUGUGGUGAGCAGUAAGAAGAUUCUGUUCUACAAUGAUGAGAAGGACAAGGACCAGUCCAAUCCAUCUAUGGUACUAGAUAUAGAUAAGCUGUUCCACGUCCGCCCCGUGACUCAAGGAGAUGUGUACAGAGCUGAAACAGAGGAGAUCCCCAAAAUAUUCCAGAUCCUCUACGCUAAUGAGGGGGAGUGCAGGAAGGACCUGGAGGUGGAAGCAGUGCAGCCAGCAGAGAAGACCAAUUUCAUCAAUCACAAAGGCCAUGAGUUCAUUCCAACACUGUACCACUUCCCAGCCAACUGUGAGGCCUGUGCCAAACCUCUCUGGCAUGUCUUCAAGCCCCCUGCUGCCCUGGAGUGCCGGAGGUGCCACGUCAAGUGCCACAGAGACCACCUGGAUAAGAAGGAGGAGCUGAUUGCGCCCUGCAAAGUGAGCUACGAUGUGACUUCAGCAAGAGAUAUGCUGUUACUGGCCUCCUGUCAAGAUGAACAGAAGAAGUGGGUGACUCAUUUAGUAAAGAAGAUCCCCAAGACCCCACCUUCUACUUUUGUGCGUGCCUCUCCUCGGACUCUCUCCACAAGAUCCUCAGCAAAUCAGUCAUUCCGAAAAGCUGUUAAAAAUACUUCUGGGAAAGCUAGCUAACCACAUGUACAGUGCAGUGGGAUCUGGUGCAGUCCCAGGAGGGCUGCUCCUGCCCAGAGGGAGCAGUGCAGACAUUGUCCCUCCCAACCCAGCCACCAGAGCUGCAGGGCUCCGAUCGCCGUUCCUGGCUCCUCCUCGCUUUGGCACAGACGCACGCCCAGGGUGUUUAAUUGCAGGUUUGCCUACAGGUAGAGUAGAUGAAUUAUUACUAUGUAAUGCAAGUUAAAGCAAAUAAAGCUUAGCUAGGUGUAUAAAAAGGUGCUGCCUUUUUGGAUUAAAAUAAAAAAACCAACCAAAAAAAAGCCAGUCAGCCACGGUGACAUCCAGCCAGCUUCCUCCCUAGCCGUGCAAGGCCAGGACUGCCCCCUGCCAGGGGAUACUUAUGGCAAGAUGAGCAUAUGGAAUGGAGGAGAGGAGGAAGGUUUCUCAAGGAGGACUGUGUUUUGCUUUCAAGACUCAAAGCUGUACUCUUGAAGACUGCAGAACUAGCUUAACAAUGGAGCCUUAUCACUUGAACUUCAGUGCCUUCACUGCAGAGUUCCUAACAGCCCUAAUGCUCACCGCCCGCCACGGAGCGGAUCCAAGCCUUACAGGGUUUGCAUCGUGCUUUACAGAACGCUGACUCAGCAGUUUCUGAAGGGGGGGAAUCGAGAACUUGCCUUUAAUCUGUGCAGUUUUUGCCAAGCCAUACCGAGUUACUUCACUCCUAGAGGCGUUAGAAACUAACAGUCCAAAGGAGCCGCUGAGCUGGGCAGCACGCUGCGGGGUGCAUCGUUCCCGUCACUGUAUCAGGGCUUGCCUUGCGAUUUGAAGUCCCUUAAGUUAACGACCAUUUAAGUAAUAUAUGCACUGUUUGAACUGUAAAUUAUUCCUACAACACUUGUGCUGGGAGUUACAUUGUCCUCUUAGUGCCUUAAUUUGAGAUCACUGUGUCAUUGCCACAGCCAGAAAGGCAGAAAUCUAAACCUAAACAAAGGAGACCUCUGCACAGCUACUGCCAGCCAGUGGGGCUCACCCAGUGUUAAUUGGUUGAAGUACUGUAGAUGCUCAAUGGAUCUUCUAAAUUGAGUACAAUCCUGGAAUGGGAAUUCCUCUUACAAAGGAAGACCGAUCCAGGAGCAGGAGCCAAGAGCUGUGUGGGCAGUGCGGGAAGAGAAGCAAGCAGGGAAGGCAGCAGCUGCGGGCGCCUGAGGAGCCGGAGAGCGCUGAGGAGCCGGCGGGCACGCUG